AUGUUGCAACUUUUUUUUCGCUGCAAAGUUAAUUCAGACCAAAUUAACAUUUUAUCCCAAAUUCGAAAAUCAUAUCCGCUCAGCAUUCCCGUUUUCCAUAACCCUAAUUUCCACCCCAAUUUCUCUCUCCUCUCUUCUUCCUCUCCCCUUCUCUCAAUUCCCCCCAAAUCCUACGCUUCUGGUGAAUUCCCGGUCGACGAGACCUUCCUCGAGCAAUUCGGCCCGAAAGACACCGAAACCGAGGAAGAAGCCCCAAAGCUGAACUGGGUCGAACGAGGUUGGGCGCCAUGGGAGGAUAUUCUCUCUCCUGGGGCGGAUUUUGCCAGAAAAUCGCUCAAUGAGGGGGAGGAAGUAGCAUUGAAGAACCCGGACACGAUUGAGGCAUUCAAGAUGCUGAAACGCAGUUACAGGAAGAAGAAGAUGAAGGAGAUGGGGUUGACUGAGGAUGUGUAUAAAGAAACGAAUCCUCACCCACAGGAAAUAAUUGAGUUCCCAUCCGUGCUUGUGAACAGUAGAACUGGCCAAUUGGAGGACUGUUUUCAGAUGUAUGUGCGGCCUACACAUCAUAAUCUACUGUCUGACUUCUGCAAAUCACUUACAGGUGGAGUUCAACAUAAUAAUGUUCAAGGAGGAGGAGAUAGAAGAAACAGAACAGCUUUAGGAGACAUUGGAAAUGUAGUAACUUCAAGAGUGGGAUUAAUUGUUGAUGUGGAUGAUUAGAGCACGGGGUUUAUAAUCUGUCGCGACUAAAAGAAUCAGCAGCCAACAGUUUCAAGUCUUUUCACAUCCCUGUUGAUUGG